ACUUCCGGAAGAGCCGGGGGGCGGGACCGUGGCGGAGGCUGGAGCUUGGCGUCGGGAUGCAGCGCCCCGGGCCCUUCAGCACCCUCUACGGGCGGGUCUUGGCCCCGCUGCCCGGGCGGGCCGGGGGCGCGGCCUCUGGCGGAGGCGGGAACAGCUGGGGUGUCCUGGGUUCCCACGUGCAGCCUCCCGGGCGCACGCAGUCCGGGACCCGCGCCGGCGUCGGCGGUACAGGUAUCUACGGCGGGGACGCCAACGGCGCCUGCCCGGCCCCCUCCACGAUGUCCAAGGCCGAGGAGGCCAAGAAGCUGGCGGGCCGCGCGGCGGUGGAGAACCACGUGAGGAAUAACCAAGUGCUGGGAAUUGGAAGUGGCUCUACAGUCGUUCAUGCUGUACAGCGAAUAGCUGAAAGAGUGAAACAAGAGAAUCUGAACCUUGUCUGCAUUCCCACCUCCUUUCAGGCCCGUCAGCUCAUCUUGCAGUAUGGCUUAACUCUCAGUGACCUGGACCGACACCCAGAGAUCGACCUCGCAAUUGAUGGUGCUGACGAGGUAGAUGCUGAUCUCAAUCUCAUCAAGGGCGGCGGAGGCUGCCUGACCCAGGAGAAAAUUGUGGCUGGCUAUGCCAGUCGCUUCAUCGUGAUUGCCGACUUCAGAAAAGAUUCAAAGAACCUUGGGGAUCAGUGGCACAAGGGAAUCCCCAUUGAGGUCAUCCCAAUGGCCUAUGUCCCAGUGAGCCGAGCUGUGACCCAGAAGUUUGGGGGCGUGAUUGAACUUCGGAUGGCUGUCAACAAGGCAGGUCCCGUCGUGACGGAUAAUGGAAAUUUUAUCCUGGAUUGGAAGUUUGAUCGGGUGCAUAAAUGGAGUGAAGUGAACACAGCUAUCAAAAUGAUCCCAGGCGUGGUGGACACAGGCCUUUUCAUUAACAUGGCUGAGAGAGUCUACUUCGGGAUGCAGGACGGCUCCGUGAACAUGAGGGAGAAGCCUUUCUGUUGACCGUGCAGGAGCAAACUGUGUUCACCUUGAGCCCCCGGCCCACAGCUGAAGUGAACAUGCCUCUCCAGGAGCCUUUGCCUUAAUGUCUCGGUGCCAGAUAGACAGCUGGCAGGGUGGGGGUUGGGGGGUUAAAUCCAGUCUUCUGAAGUAUUAUUAUUUAAUGUCUUUUUAAAAAGAGAAAUAUAAACCUAUAUAUUUUUACUAUUAAAAAUACUGUUUUUUUUUAAAAUAAAGUAGAACUUGAUUUCAUGUUUUAUAUGAAACAUUUACCAAAAAAAAAAAAAAAAAAGGGAACUGUCUUUUAAACUUUUAACUUGAGCCUGCUGGUUAAGCAUCUGAAUAUUGGGUUUGCUGAGAAACGUAAAUCAAAACUUUUCUUUAAACUGGUGAAAUGAAGGGCCCAGCCAGCAGUGAUUCCCUGAUGCCUUACUGGAAACAUUAGAGUUUACUUUUGUACCACGCUGUCUUGUCUUUAGUUUUUGUUGUGAUCACGUACAAUACUUAGGUACAUAUUUUAAGGUGAGGUUUACAGAAGUCUGGCGAGUGGAGCAGUGUGGUGUAGAGUGACUCAGAGUGUAAACCGUCAGGGAGAAAAUGUGGUUCUUUUGCUAAGACCUGGGGGUUCCUUCAGACCCCUGUUGUGGGAAGCAGUUGGCCAGAAAUACUUGCCAGUCCUGCCAAAGCACUGCUGUGAAAUGUGAAAUCCUUUUAAGUACUUGUCUUUUUGUUAUUGUUUCUCUUCCUUUCUUAUUACUUGCAUGGGGCGUCAAAAGCUGUCAUCUCCUCGGACUGUUUGAGGGUUGAAAUAAAACAGUGUGGUGCCACUUUGA